CUUUAUCUAUUUUAAUAAACUUUGCAUUUAUUUUGUGCGCAAACGUCAAAAAAAUAUAUAUGGCCCUGGAUAUAUUUUUCCACGAACAAAGUGAAUGAAGUUAAAUUAAAACACAAAUUUUUUAUUUGUGUUUUUUUUUCUACAUUAGAAAAAAAGUGUAUUUAGAAACCCACAGUGACUUUAACACAAAGGGUUCAACAAAAUGUCGAUAAAUCAUUAUCAAUAUGUUAAUUUUUGAUAAUAUAUUUUUAAUUUAUUUAUAAUAAAUUAAUUGUUUAUUGUUUUUUUAUUAUUUGGUUAAUUUGUUUUUUGUUUUUCUUUUUUUUCUUUAUUUUUUUAGUGGUAAUUAAUAAUUGAUUAUAUUGUUGUUAAAUUUAGUUAUUGUGGUUUAUUUUAUUGCAAUUUAUUUAUCGAUGAUUUUAAAUAAUAAAUUAGGGGUUGAAAUUAUUGAAAGGGUGAAGUGAUAAAUUAUUAUUUUUAUAUUUAUUUGAGGUAUGACGUUGGAGGAUCCUUUUUUUGUCGUCAAAGACGAGGUUUGCAAAGCUUUGAAUAAAACAAGAGGACUUUAUGGUCGUUGGAGUGAAUCACAAAUUAAUUAUUCAGUAUCAACACCAAAUGGAUUAUCUCCAGGUGCACUUAUACCUCCAGUAUCAAAAGAAGAACUUGAAUGGACCACAACUGAAUUAAGAAAUGCAUUGAGAUCAAUUGAAUGGGAUCUUGAAGAUCUUGAAGAUACAAUUUGUAUUGUAGAAAAAAAUCCAACGAAAUUUAAAAUUGACAACAAAGAUUUAACAUAUAGACGUACAUUCAUUGAUCAUACACGUGAAGAGGUCAAGAUUAUGAGAGACAAAAUGAAUUUAAGUCGAGGAAGAGAUCGAGAUCGUACAGCUAGACAACCAUUGUUAGAUAAUAGUCCAGUACGUGGACCAAUUAAUCAUGGUACCACAAAAUACAGUAAAUUGGAAAAUGAAACUGACAGUCCAAGUAGAAGAUUUAUGGAUGAUACACUUAAUCAACAAAGUUCUAUGAUGAGACAACAAGAUGAACAAUUAGAUAUUAUUAGUGAAAGUAUUGGUACAUUAAAAACUGUAUCACAUCAAAUUAAUUCAGAGCUUGAUGAACAAGCUGUAAUGUUGGAUGAUUUUGGUAAUGAACUUGAAGUUACUGACUCAAAGUUGGAUGCAACUAUGAAAAAAAUGGCAAAAGUACUACAAUUAAGCAAUGGUAACUAUAAUAAUUACAUUCCAGCUCCUACAUCGUCUGUACCUAGUGUUAAUUAUCCACAAAAAACAUCUUCCCUAUCCACAAUUUCAACAACAAUAACUAAUUGUUUUUUAUGCUCUGCUGAAUAGACUUUUUUUUUUGUUUGUUUUUUUUUGUUUGUUUAACAUUAUAUUCUAUAUUUUAUAAUUUAAGGUAAAUUAUUUAUUUAGCUAGUUGAAUAUUUAACAAAACAAAUUAUAGUUUAAUAUAUUUUCAAAUUUAUUUCUUGUUAAAUAAUUAAAUUUUGAAUUUACAAAAAAAAAAACAAAUAGUCUUAUCUUUGUUAAAAUUAUUAUUCAAAUAGCUCCAGACUGGAAAUAAUAAAUUUAUAUAAAUAAUAAAGCCAAUUAACUAACCGGGUUUGCCAAAUUAAUAAUUGCCAGAUAAAAAAUUAAUAAACAAUAAUAAAAACAAUUAUUUUCUUUUAGAAAAAAAAACAAAAUAGAUAAAAAAGUUGAUUAAAAAAUUUACAAGAAAUAGCAUUAAAUAUUAUUUCAAUUUUUUAGAAGUAAUUUAAAUAAUUUCAUUGAUUAUUUAUCAAUUUAAAUGAUAAAUUAUUUAUUUAAUAUAUAUUUUAUUAAUAAACAAAAUGACCAUGAUAUUAAUCUUAAAAAAAAAAUACACAAAUACCAAAAGGCUUGUUUUUUUUUCUUGUUAAAAUAAAACAAAUAACAUUUAUUGUUAAUGGUUGUUAACGAUUGUUUAAACAAAUAAAAAAUAUAUUAUUUUAGAUUAAAUAAAGAGUUGCAUUUAAUAGUCUAGUCUGAAAUUAAAAAAACUAAAAAAAUGUAGGCCUUAAAAUAAAAUCGUAGAUAAAAAAAUAAAUACCUUUUUUUAAUUUGUUAAUAGUAUUGAAAUUUUAUGUUAGCUAUGAUUAAUUUAAAAUAAUUAUAAAAAUUGUUAGAAUAUUUAUAAAGUGUUCAUUAGUAAAACAAAAAGACAAAAUUGAAUGCAUGGUAAAAAAAAAUAAACCAACUAAUUAAAAAAUAUAAAAUUACUAGAAAUUCGUAGCCAAACAAAUGGCCAAUCAUGUACCUCAAGUAGAAAAUCAUUAACAAAAGGAAAAAAAAAAUAAUUAAUUUAUUAGAUGUAUUGUUUAAAUGCUGUUAAAAAAGAAAAUUAUAAAAUCAAACGACAGCCUUGUUAAUAAAAUUGUGUAGACCAAAUCUACACAAAAAAAAAAAUAGUGAUACCAUUAGUUUAAAUUAAUAAAACAAUAAUAAUAAAAUAUAAAAUGAGUAUAUAAAUAAUAUUAGAACGCAUGAAAUAUUAUUUUCCAAUUUUGUUGUUUUAGAUCGGAGACAAUGGGUAGCCAUUGGAGUCUUGACUGCUAUUUUGGUAUUUUUAAUUAUUUUAUUUAUAAUUAAAUGAAUGGCCAAUAAUAAAAAAAAAAAAAACAAUUAUAAAU